AUGUCAGUCAAGAUUGCUAUAGGACAACUGUGCUCCUCUUCUCAGCAUGCGCAGAAUUUGUCUAUAGUAGCGUCCUUAAUAGAACGAGCCAUCAAACUGGAUGCUAGAGUAAUAUUCUUCCCUGAAGCCACUGAUUACCUAUCUCAAAACGCCACGCACUCAAGAGUUCUGGCUAAAUCAAGUCCUACAUUUGUAGAUGAUCUACAGCUAAAGAUCAAGGACAUUAAUGAGAGAUAUAAAUCGGAGAAGAGGGCUAUAGAUGUUUCCAUAGGGGUACAUCUUCCACCUUCCGAGCAGGAUAUAUUGAAAGGUGACGACAGAGUUAAGAAUGUUCUACUCUAUAUAGACAGCUCUGGGGUUAUCAGAUCUAGCUACACAAAGCUACACUUAUUUGAUGUUGAUGUGCCAAACGGCCCAAUCUUAAAAGAAUCACAAUCUGUUCAACCAGGAGACCAAAUUCCUUCAAUAAUAGAUACCCCUGCAGGGAAAUUAGGGUGCUCCAUUUGCUAUGACAUUAGAUUUCCCGAACUUGCUCUAAGAUUGAGGAGUAUGGGGGCCCAAAUAUUAUGUUAUCCUAGUGCCUUUACAAUGAAAACUGGUCAGGCCCACUGGGAACUGUUGGGUAGGGCUCGAGCUAUAGAUACACAGUGCUAUGUAGUAAUGCCAGGGCAAUCUGGUACCCAUAAUGUAACUGAAGAUACCUGGAGUAAAACUGCUGAUUCCAAAACAAACCCCAAUAGUGUAACUAGAAUGUCCUGGGGCCACUCAAUGAUCAUCAAUCCAUGGGGUGACGUGAUUGCAAGAAGCGAUGAAACAAACAAUGAACCUCAGCUAGUCGUGUCCGAUAUUGAUCUAAAAUCAAUGGAGAGAGUAAGGGUAAAUAUGCCGCUCUGGCAACAGAGAAGGUUGGAUUUAUUCGACAAUAAUUACUCAAUCACAUAA